GAGCGCGAGAGGGGGAGGGGGGAGAGGAAGCGGGAGGCUGGGCUGACGGUGUGACAGACUUCACGGGGACUCGCUGGAUUAAUCGCUGCCCGGUUCGCUGUCAGUCGGUACCGAGUGUCAAACUGACCCGACGGAGGAUCUCCGCCUCGUUCUCGGAGCCCCGCACACUCCCCGCACACCCAAAGCGAGCGGAUCAGGACGGACUGCUGGCGCCGCUUCAGACGCCUCCGUGAUCACAUGAUGAUGGGACUGAACUGAGUGGGGCACCGGCAGCAGGACAAAGCUUUGCGAAUAUUUGCCAUUAUCAUCCAACAAGCCCGAGACGACGACAGCUGGUUUAGAAUCAGCCGAACCACCACAUCAAACCUCGGCCAACUUUAACCCCCUCAGGAGGAGAUGGAGAACUGACCGGAGAGCGGCAGGCAACAGAAAGGCAGCUCCUCCCCGCUUGUCCACCAUCAGCCAUGGCGGGGCUCAAACGUCAUCACGAUGGGAAGAUCGCCGGGCUGUACGACCUGGACAAGACGCUCGGCCGUGGACACUUUGCUGUUGUCAAAUUGGCCCGACAUGUUUUCACUGGAGAAAAGGUCGCGGUGAAGGUGAUAGAUAAGACCAAGCUGGACCCGGUGGCGCGGGGCCACCUUUUCCAGGAGGUGCGAUGCAUGAAGAUGGUGCAGCACCCCAACGUGGUGCGUCUCUACGAGGUCAUCGACACGGCAACCAAGCUCUACCUCAUCCUGGAGCUGGGAGACGGAGGAGACAUGUACGACUGCAUCAUGAAGCACGACGGAGGCCUCACUGAGGAGGUGGCCAAGUGCUACUUCGCCCAAAUAGUCCACGGCAUCUCCUACUGCCACCGGCUGCACGUGGUGCACAGAGACCUGAAGCCGGAGAACGUGGUCUUCUUCGAGAAGCAGGGUGUCGUCAAGCUCACCGACUUCGGCUUCAGCAACCGAUUCCAGCCCGGGAAGACGCUCAACACCUCCUGCGGCUCACUGGCCUACUCUGCUCCUGAAAUACUGCUGGGGGACGAGUACGACGCUCCUGCUGUGGAUAUCUGGAGUCUGGGGGUCAUCCUCUUCAUGCUGGUCUGUGGUCAGCCCCCCUUCCAGGAGGCUAACGACAGCGAGACGCUCACUAUGAUCAUGGACUGUAAAUACACAGUGCCUCCAAACAUCUCCCCUGCAUGUCGAGAUCUUAUAGCCCACAUGCUGCAGCGGGACCCCAAGAAACGAGCGACCCUAGAUGAGAUCGAGGCCCACGAAUGGCUCCAAGGUGUCGACCCCUCCCCGGCCACCAAGCUGUCCACCCCUCUGGUGUCCCAUCGCAGCCUGUCGGAGGAGGAGCACGGCUCCAUCAUCCAGCGCAUGGUGCUGGGCGGCAUCGCAGACCGAGACACCAUAACUGAAGCCCUGGAGUCGAAUCAGUACAACCACAUCACAGCUACAUACUUCCUGCUGGCCGAGAGGAUGCUGAGGGAGAGGCAAGAGAAGGAGCAACACAGCCAGACACGAUCACCCAGCCCGAGCAAGGCCCAGUUCAGGCAGUCCUGGCCCACCAGAGUCGAUGUUCACCAGGAUGUCAGUGAUGGCUUGGGGGGUCCGAGUAUCUCCCACCCUGGGGGGCCACAGUCCCCUGCCCGCAGUGCUGAGAGCCUCCACAAAGGCCCCAGGCCCAAAACAGCCCUGCCAGACCUCAGCCAGCGGCAGGAGAACCACAGCUCAGCACCCAGCCAGCAGCAGCCAGCACGACAGAACCAGGAGAGGGGGCUCAGGCCUCUGGUCAAGCCCCACUCCAACCCCCUCAGGCUGGGCUCUCUGGCCUCAGUGGGCCCUUGCAAACCUCGUAGUCCCAGUCUUUUCAGCGUGGAGGAGGAUGAGGAGGAAGAGAUCGAUGAAGACAAAUGUUUACCCCCAUCUACACUACCUGCUCAGGUGGUGCUUCGUUGCAAAACCUCGUCAUCAUCAUCUGCAGCUUCAUCUGCCAAUCGGCUGACAUCCCGUAUGAGUGCACCGGUUCUCAACCAGAUCCAUGAGGAGGAUAAAGAGGAUGAAGAGGAGGAGGAGAGGAGGGAGCUGUGUGGAUUUGGCCCUCCCAAACCCAGCCUCAGCCUCAAUCUGAACUCUAGAAUACCAUCACCGUCUACGCUCAUGUCAUCACCUAAAACUGUCAGUGUAAUAGCACCGGUUGCGGCGUUCACCCCAAGCUCAGAGACUAGUGAUGAUGAGACAGAAAGUCACCAUAAACCAGAGACGGCAUCCGUAGGUGGACAAGGGGAUGAGAGAGAAGGGAGGAAAGAGGAUAGAGGGAAAAGGGGAUCAGGGCAGGGCAGUCCCUCCAACUGUGCCAGUCCUGGAUCAGUUUCAGGCCAAGGAAAGGGAACAGCCAAAGCUGCCAGCGGUCUGGUGGAAAGUCUAAAGCUGAUGAGCCUGUGCCUGAGCUCUCAGUUCCACAACCUGACAGGGGGAGGAGGGGGAGGCGAUGGCGGCGGCAGCAGGGGCGUCGUCGGGGCGGACACCCAGGAACGCCCAAUGUGGAGGAUGUGCAUGGGCGGCUCCACCGGUAGCUUGGAUAAGGUGUCGCUCCUGGGUGGCCCUUCACCGAGGGGGAACCUGUACAACCACCAGCCCCCACUGGGAGACGCACUGGCAGACCCGCUUCUGGAGGGCCCCUGCACGGGCACGCUGAGGCUAGGAGAGCUGGACCUGGCCAGGGAGAACCACAGGAACAUGAAGAACCGCGUGCUGCAGAUGCCUCUGAGCGACAAGACUCUGUCCGUCAACAUCCACCGGAGCCCCAAGGAGGGUCUGCUCUGUACCCCGACCCCUCACAGCUGCUGCCAGGUCAUCUAGAGAUCCACAGACAGCCGCUCCAUCAGCUGCUGCACCUCCACACUCCUCAGCUCUCGUCAGUACAUCCCUUAUCAACUUGCUUUUGUUUCAGUCACGUCACCACUGGCUCAUGAGUUCACUUUAUCGUUUGCAUUUAGCGCUGUUUCCUAUUAUUUAACACUCACGGUGGAUAACUGGGAGAAAGUCCAAAUGCCAACCUUGCACAUUUAGAGACGCAAAGAGUCUCCAUGGAGGAGACUGGGUGCCAUGCCAAGUAUGUGAAGCACUUUCAUCUGAUUGAACAGGACACUAAGGGGACAUUUUAACCCGUAGGUGUGUUUUAAAUAAAAGACAAAAGUAUGGAAAGGGAUUCAGGAGGUGCUCACAUCCCUACUCUUGCACACUUAAAACAAAUACUGUAUGUACACAUUAUGUGCACAUCCACAUCCACACCUAUAUCACUCUGUGGUCAGCUGAUCAAAGGGAAAACUGAUGAGCUGGUGAGUUUUAGUAUCAUGUUACAUAUCGGCUUUUGUUGUACUUGAUGCUGUUUUUUUUUAAUGUUCUGAUUUUUUUAAAUUAUUUUUUGAGACAAUCAUUUUAUCUGUUUUUUUUAUUCUGACUGAAAGAGUGAAGUUAUGACUGUUGUCUUCACUUAAGGAUGAACAACAGGGUGAAAAUGGACAGCAGCACUGACGUACGAUGGUGGCACACAGUAUUUUGUAGUCUAUCACUGUUUUAUUUUUCUAUCUCGAACGUGCUCUGCAGACUCAGAAAGAAAAAAAAAACGCACACUCACUUGUCAAGUCUCUGCGCAGUUACACAGCAGAGUUUGUACAUAUGUGAAUAACCUCCUAGCAGUUCUCUGUACCUGUAGUAUAGAUGGUAAAGUUGUAUUGCAGUAGAAACCUGAAUACUAGAUCCUUUUACACCAUUAUUCUUUACUUCUACGGGAUAUUCAAGUUUUGGUUGAACCCUGAGUCAGAAAUGUGUUUGACAGCUUAAAACAAUCAUUCAAACAGAUUUAAAGGUUGCAUAUUGUAAAAAAAAAAGAUUUCAAUGCCUCUUCUUUUUUAUUAUAAAGCAGGUCUAGGUGCUAUAUAAAAUUAUAAAGCCUAAUCCAGAGAGAUGCACACAGCCUGUAUUCAGAAACUGUGCCUUCAAACGAGCCGUCUGGACUUCAGUACAGCUCCACGGUCACCGCCCUCAGCCACGUCGUCAGCACAACCGUGUCUGCAGAAACACGUAGGGCGGUGCCUGCUCAGGCCUGUGAGAGCUGACCAAUCAGAGUUUUUCAAGAAGGGGGGGCCUUAAAAAGACAGGCACCAAAACGGAGCGUUCAGACAGAGGCUGAAUAGAGGUGCUGCAGCAAUGGACCGUAUGAGAAAAACAAUGUAUUUUUCUAAAUAUAAAAGCAUUUAGACAUUUUCAAGUAGACGUCCAAAAUAAAAGUACAAACCUGAAAAUGAGCAUAAUAUGGGACCUCUUAAGUCUCCCCUGAAGCCAAGCAGACUAAAUUAUUCUACGUGUAACGGCAGCUCUUUAAACAGCGAACGCCCACUGGGUGAAACCUCAAGCUUGAACGUCCCGUAGCUCUCCAGGAUCACGGUAGCCACUGUUGUAGCGUAUUCCAAGACAAAAACAACAAAAGGGGUUUUAAUAGAACAUAACAACGACGCCCCCUUCAAGUAUCGGUCUGUGUAACUGGAUGUGUGACCCACCCCUAGUGGAAUAUAUAACUUGACAGUGCAUGUGUUUUGCUGUAGCAACCUUAUUCUUACCCACUGAGGUCAAUCCACCUGCUGUAUCUACCUAAGUAACAGAUUCAAAUGGUCACUUUACUGUAGCCUCACAGCAAUACCAGCGACUGCAAAAUGUACAACAAAAAUGGAUGUGCCAUAAAAUCUGUCUUGAGCAUAUUGUACUGUAAUGUAUAUGAUAGAGAUCUAUUAAAAUGAAAUGAUGUGAAUGA